AUGGAAGUUUGCUGUGAUGAACUUGAUCAGUGUAAUACUAUAACAUGGGAUGCUGUGGCAAAUCUUGUAGUUACUGUAGAACAAAGGUGGUCUCUGUUUACCAAAUCAAACUCACUUUGUUGUUUGCUAAUACAAUUCUACGCUACUAUCAUUGCGGCAGAACUUCCAGUACCAUUAUCGUCUUCAUCUUCUAGUGUACUUAAAACUGAUGCCUCAUUAUUAAAAGAAAGGUGUUUGCAAUUUAUAAAUGACGCUACAGAUAUUUUAAUUGAUACCUUGAAAACUGAUGUACCUCUUACUUGGAAUGCUUCAGAGUUACAAGGAAUGUGUAGAGCAGUACGACAAUUAAAUCGUUUUGAAGAGACUAGGAAUUUAUAUCAAACAAGUUUUUAUGGACGGAAAAGGUUUUGGAAACGUUCACCAGUAUCAUCUUUAUUACCAGUGACAACAAAAACAACGACAAUAGCAUCAGCAGCAGUAACAACCACAGCUGUAGGAGGAACGGCGGUAAUACCUGAAAAAAUUCCAAUUCAUAAAAAAGUUUCUCAAAUGGUAACUAGCCAAAUUCUUGUACAGAAUAAAUUGGUGAAAAAUGUACAGGUGAUGACAUUACAAGAGGUUUCAGGUGUCUUUUUUAGUGUUUCUACUGCGUGUAGUACAGAAGCAGUGGAUAGGUUCGCCGUACCUGUUCAUAAUGUUUUAAAGAGAACUAUA